UCAUCCAAAUCAUUGAUGAAGAUGUUGAAGAGCAGUUCCAUUGAGUACUACAUAUUGAGUGCGGCUAAAAACCUAGACUUCCGCCGAAAGUGGGACAAAGAUGAAUAUGAGAAGCUUGCAGAGAAACGACUUACAGAGGAAAGAGAGAAGAAAGAUGGCAAACCAGUACAGCCUAUCAAGCGUGAGCUUCUGCGGCAUCGAGACUACAAAGUGGAUCUGGAAUCCAAAUUGGGAAAAACUAUUGUUAUUACCAAAACUACUCCUCAGUCUGAGAUGGGAGGGUAUUAUUGUAAUGUAUGUGACUGUGUAGUGAAAGAUUCCAUCAACUUCCUUGAUCAUAUCAAUGGCAAAAAACAUCAGAGGAACCUUGGUAUGUCCAUGAGAGUAGAGCGUUCUACUCUGGAUCAGGUGAAGAAACGUUUUGAGGUGAACAAGAAAAAAAUGGAGGAGAAACAGAAGGAUUAUGACUUUGAAGAGAGGAUGAAGGAGCUCAGAGAAGAGGAGGAAAAGGCCAAAGCCUACAAAAAGGAAAAACAGAGGGAGAAGAAAAGGAGGGCAGAGGAAGACUUGACAUUUGAAGAGGAUGAUGAAAUGGCUGCUGUAAUGGGUUUCUCUGGUUUUGGCUCAACUAAGAAAAGUCACUGAUAAGAAACAUUAUUUUGGAUGGCUACUGUUUCUGCCCUGAUGAUGCUUCAAAAUCCUAGAAAGACUUUGCAAAGAACUUGUAUCUAAAUAACCUGAUACAAGUUGGGAAACAAUUCCACACUUCUCGUGUGGGGCUGCUUCUGCCCUCCAACAAUUAAAACUUCCUUGGUUGAGAAGAUAGCACCACAUUUGCCUGUGUGUUGGUAACUCUAAAUCUCAAAUAAAAAUACUAUCAAAUAAUAUCUCCCCUCCCUUGAUCCCCCGACAAUAUUUAAGGAUACAUCUUUUUUCAAGAUCAGCUUGAAAUGCGCACACACACUUUCACACAGAAUUCUGGGAAUAUUAUAGAGUAAUUUUUAAGCACUAAAUUUCUCUUGGCCUUGUCUACAGCUGCAGUUCUCUGGUGAAAGUUCUGCUUGCUUUUUACUUUGUAUUGUGUGCAUGAGAGAUAUGCUACUGGGUAUGCUUUUUUCUUUAUAAUAAACUCAUAAAAAUCUAGUGCAAUGGGUUUUUUAAAACUUUUAUAAAGUGUUUAUAUACAGGGUGGGGAGGGGAUUGAUAGAUUCAUCUACGCUAUAAUUUUUCAGAACUCACAACAGAUUAUUAUAUUGAGCAUGUUAUUGUCUCCAGCGUUAGCUUGCUGAAAUGUUUUUUUUUUUUAAAUAUUUUCAGUUGGUAACUUAAAAGGAUCAAGGUUCUAUUUCAGGAGUGUCAAACUGCUGGCCUGCGGGCCAGAUGUGUCAUGGUGAAACCGCGCCCACCCCAUUUCUGGCAAUGGAAAAAAGUCGCAAUACAUCGCAACACGUGACGUUGCGAGUUUGACACCCCUGUUCUAUUUGAUCUCCUUUUAUUGAUAUAGGUAGUAAAUUAAUGGAUAUCUGCAAAUUUGGUAAGAUUAGGCUGAUGUGCAAAAAAAAAA